ACCCACUCGUGCUGCUGUGGUACAGUGGUCAUAUGAUCGGGAGUCGAACCCCGCUGCACAGACACCGACAGCCCGGCUGGACACAGGCGGAAGAACCGGGGCGGAGGACACGGUCACAGGGUCGAGCAGAAGCCGCUGGAGAAGUGCGUGGAGUCGGUCACAAGUGUCACAGCGAGCCCCCAGCUCCCUCCUGCGGGAAAGAAGUUUGUCAAACUCCACUCAGAGUCGCACAGUGGAGGGGGAACGAUUCGGAAGAAGAAGGGGCCCCACGCACGAAAUUAACCGAGGGACAGUCGACUUAACCGGGGCUGAGAUUUGAGUUUCAUCCGCCGGUGAGCGGGUCGUGGCCGGUCGGAUCCCCACGGGCUCCUUGCAUCGCUUGUCGGGGCGUUUCUAACUCUUUCCUCCCCUCUCUCCUCAAACCAAACUUAAAAUUUAUUUUCACCACCCUAACUUUCUCCCACCUGUCUGGGUGACCCACCCCGCUGAAGAGGAAGCCAUGGUCGGGGAGACAGAGGUGAAGGAGAGACCCAAGUCCAACCCGGACUAUCUCAUGCAGCUGAUGAACGACAGGAAGGUGAUGAGCUCGCUGCCCAACUUCAGCGGCAUCUUCACGCAUCUGGAGCGGCUGCUGGACGAAGAAAUCGGCCGGGUACGCAAGGACAUGUACAACGACACGCUGAACGGCGGCAUGUUCAACGGGCGGGACAUGGAGGAGCUGCCCGAAGCCAUCGGCCCCGUGGCUCAGCUGCAGGAGAAGCUCUACGUGCCGGUCAAGGAGUACCCCGACUUCAACUUCGUCGGGAGGAUCCUGGGCCCUCGAGGACUCACGGCCAAACAACUGGAGGCAGAGACCGGAUGCAAGAUUAUGGUGCGAGGGAAGGGCUCGAUGAGAGACAAGAAGAAGGAGGAGAUGAACCGAGGGAAGCCCAACUGGGAGCACCUGAGCGAGGACCUCCACGUCCUGAUCACAGUGGAGGACACACACAACCGGGCCAAGAUCAAGCUCCAGCGGGCCAUCACCGAGGUCAAGAAACUUCUCGUGCCCGCUGCUGAGGGGGAGGACAACCUGAAGAAAAUGCAGUUGAUGGAGCUCGCCAUUCUCAACGGAACCUACAGAGACGCCAAUGUCAAAAUGCCCACCGCCGCCUUCCAACUAGGGAACCCUCAGGCGCCUCGGAUCAUCACAGGCCCGACGUCCGUCCUGCCUCAAGGCAUGCGCAACCCCGCCCCCGUCAACACACAGACCCUCAUGCCCCUGCUCCGUCAGAUCCAGAGCUCCGCCCUCGUGCCGGGAGGCAAUCAGCACCCGGCGCUGGUGCAGCAAGGGCCCGAGUCCGGGAUCAUCUACACGCCCUACGACUACCCCUACACACUCACGCCCUCCAUAUUGGAAUACCCGAUGGACUCAACUGGAGUAUUAGGUAUGUCACCUCAAAAGUCCAUCACUGUCAUAAAUAGUCAAUGGAUGUAUUGUGAGAACUGGAUACUGAGCCCCAGAAGUGACUCGUAAAAAAUGUGCUUUUCUAGAGUCUGGGUUAGUUUUACAAACUUUAAUCUUCACGGUUCAAAUCGUCAAUCACUCGUAAUUGAUCACAGUAAUUUAUUGCUUCCGUGAACACGAUUUGCGUCUAAGUUACAUAUAUUUCACCUUUAAAACCACUGAUCUGCAUUCAUUUUGUGGCAGAUUUGUGCGAAUAACUAGCAAAUAUUUUCUCUCUCCCUCUAUCUCAGGACGUUACAUCUAUUUCCAAAACAACAGGUUGGUGUUGACUUGAAUAUUUUUUGAAUAAAGUACAUUUAAAGAAACUUUUUAUCGCAGUGUUACAGAAAGUCAGAAAUAACCCAACCUCGAUCUGUCCCCUGAUCUGGAUCCAGAACAGACUUUAAUGCAUUCUUACCUGAUUACAUCGUCCUCUAAGUAUAACUGUAACGCGUCCUGUAGUUUUUGCAUAAUCCUGCUGACAAACAAUCCGAUGUAUUAGAACUCAACUCAAACCCAGACAGUAAAAAACAUAUAUGAGGAGCGCUCGAGGCGUCGGAGGUGAUUUUUAUCGAUGGAACAUUCUGGUCGCUGUAUCCAGCUCUCGUAAUACAUCCACGGUACAUACAGCUGGAUGCAGAAGCUCAUUGCUGGGCUAACAGUCUCUUCUCCCUGUGUUUUUGCAGGUAUGGCUUUCCCAACCAAAGGCUAAGCGAUAGCAGCCCUUCCUAGCACACACACGGACUGGCUUGCAGAGAGACCCCCCCCCCCCCCCACCCCACUCAAAAAAAACAACAUGCUUGUCCCGCAGAGCAAACGCUCAGAGUCGUACUUUUAGAACGACAGGUUCCUCGACAGUCAUUCAGUAGUCAAGUGUCCAUUCCUGUUAAUUUCCUCUUUGUAUUAGCAGACUAGUGUUGUGGUGUGACAGCUACUUAACGUUUUUUAAUAGUCCAGCUUCCGCUUAUAAUUUUAACACAUUUUUAGUGAGCCCGUAGAUAUGUUAGCGCUGCUGUUUGUGAUUUAAUAUAUGUUAAAGCUUAUUUUGAUCACAGAGCUAUAGAGUGACUUUACUUACAGCCGAUGUUGAAUCUACUAGUGAAGCCUAGUCAGAGAUUAGCGGUUUGGAUUAAUAUUUUCUUUUAGGUAAAACAGAAGACCACAAAACAACGAAGAACAAAAAUUCCGUCUCUUAUAAUCGAGACGUCUUUAUUUUUGCUAAUUUUUUCACCUUCAGCCUUGAACACUUUGUAAAUUCCUGGUUUCACUGAUGUUGGUGCCAUGGGUGGACUUGUUUGAUGUCUUUCUGAUGAGUAACCGUCUGUGUUCUGUUUUGGCGAUUUGUCAAUGGCUGUUAGCAGGUGCCAUGACCACUAAGGUACGACGCCACGACAAGAGAAUCCAUCCUUACCAAAGGGUAGUGACCACAGACAGAGGUUAGUUAGCUCACCAGCCACUUUAUGUGUACGUGUGUGUGUGUGUGCGUGUGUGUUAGCGUGUGUGCAUGCAGACCAAUGGACCAAUUUCAGUUUACAUGUGUCUGUAAUACGGCAUGCCAUAAAAAAAAAAAAAGAAGAAGUAACUGUAUCCGAUGAAAAUGGUCACACGCUGAAGCAGCUUCGGUGUAAAAUGUGAAACAGUGUUUGUUGCAGUGGAAAGUGAAGUGAGUGAGCAGAUUGGGAGGAACCAUGUUAGAGGUCACGGCUGCAGCGGUUAUCUGUGCUCGCCUGGUAGAUAAACUGGACGGCCUCGCACGCCGGGACCCUCUCAAUUAGAAUGGAUCGCUCCGUUCAUGUGACUCGGUCCUUGUGACUCCGGAUUUGGAGUCCUCUCUCGGAAACUUUUUUUUUUUUCUACCUUUUUGUUGUUGUUUAUCUCCUCAUUACUUCUUUUUAACCCUACGAAUACUGUGGGAAGUUUUUAUUUAUACCCAAUUCAUUCCAGUAGACUUCCACAAAUGUUUCUUUUUUUUAUUAUUAUUAUUAUGAAUUAAAUCCUGUGUUGUGCCCAAUGACUAUAUGACACUUAAAGUAACAGUGAUUGUCUUGUUCUGAAGGUCAUUCAAUUCAACAUGAUCUUCGGUUUUUACUACUAAAACACAGCGUGUGAUAACUACUGAAGUCUGUGUUACAAGCUCUUUUGUAUGAGAUACUGUUGUUUGUGGUCUUAUCAGUCGCCCACUGGACUUGAUCAUUGGGGCUGUUUACAUCUUUCAUAUAUUUCCUAGCCAGAGUGGUGCUGUUACCAUGUAUUUAGCUGCAAAAUAAAUUUGUAUAUAGGGA